CUGGCCAUGGAAACCAUCUAAUUUCAUGCCAACAUGUCAAUGUCAACGAGGAAUGAACUGUAAAGUCUCAAUUAAUCUAAAUCAUCUAUUAGUUAUACACUAUUUCGUAUGGGGGUCUAGUUGCGCAUGGUCCAAAUUCUGAGAAAGUAAGGUAGGUGGCAGUAUUGGUCUGUGUUAGUAAUAAUUCGGCUAAAAUAAGAACUGAAGAAGAAACCACGAAGAUGUCCCACCCUCUGUAUUACUACUAGCGGUGGCUAAAAUUUCGAUGAGAAAGAGUAACCUUACAAGUGCAAACGGAAUUAAUUAUAUAGGGACAGCAUUUCUUUACAGACGGUGGUGAGCGUCUGCUGCUGAUGGACAUUGCGCCUUGCCACCUUUAAGCGGGUUCUGCAAGAAGAGAUGGCAUAGAGAUGUGAAGGGCUCGAAUCUUCGUCUGUUCCACAUACGGCCACAGCUCCCACCGCUGUUUUUGAUCUUCCUGGCCUAGAGAGUGGUAUCUGAGGUACACUACUGUCAUAAUUUCAUCAGAAAGACUUCAAAUACCACAUAAACACAUAAGAUGCCUUUAGGACUGGGGCGAAGAAAGAAGGCUUCUCCGCUUGUGGAGAACGAAGAGGCAGAGCCAGUGCGGGCAGGCUUAAAUGUGCCAGGCUUGGACGGCAUGGACGGGGUAGGAGGCGGACUUGGGGAGGCAACUGCUCAGGAGGGUCUGCCACCCCCACCCACCAGCUUGCGUCCGCGUCUGAUCUUUCACACUCAGCUGGCCCAUGGAAGCCCCACGGGGCGUAUCGAGGGAUUCAGCAAUGUCCGGGAACUCUAUGCUAAGAUCGGCGAGGCCUUUGGAAUACCACCAGCUGAGGUGAUGUUCUGCACACUGAACACGCACAAGGUGGACAUGGACAAGCUGCUGGGUGGUCAGAUCGGGCUGGAAGACUUCAUCUUUGCACAUGUAAAAGGCCAGAGGAAAGAGGUAGAGGUGUUCAAGGGGGAGGACGCCCUGGGCCUCACCAUUACUGACAAUGGAGCUGGCUACGCGUUCAUCAAGAGAAUAAGAGAGGGAAGCAUCAUUCAUCAAAUCCAGGUCAUCAACGUGGGAGACAUGAUUGAGUCCAUCAAUGGGCACAUGCUCAUUGGCUGUCGACACUACGAAGUAGCCAAGAUGUUAAAGGAACUGCCCAGGGGAAAGAACUUUGUCCUGAAAUUGGUAGAGCCCUUAAAGGCUUUCGACAUGAUCAGCCAGAGGUCAGGCGGGUCGCGGUCGGGGGGCCAGCUGGGCACUGGCAGGGGCACACUGCGUCUCCGAUCGAAAGGACCUGCCACCGUGGAGGAACUGCCUUCUGCGUUCGAGGAGAAGGCCAUUGAGAAGGUGGACGACCUCCUGGAGAGUUACAUGGGGAUCAGGGACAGUGAGCUUGCGGCCACAAUGGUCGAGCUGGGCAAGGACAAGAAGAACCCGGACGAAUUUGCCGAGGCCCUGGACGAGACGCUGGGCGACUUUGCUUUCCCUGAUGAGUUUGUGUUUGACGUCUGGGGCGCCAUCGGCGACGCCAAGGUCGGCCGUGUGUGAGGCGGCGGGAGGCAGGAGCAGAAGGAAGCAGAGGACCCCGGCCUCUGUGUGGCUCUUAUUGCUGUGGUGAAUCUAUGAAGAAGUACUACUAGAAAUCACUCUAGUACUCUUCUGUUUUUUUUUUUUUGUUGCUCUUAUGCUGUCAGUUUGCUUCAGCUGUCCACUCUGGGAGGUUUCAUGUGGGGACUUCUCACCACUGUAUGGGAGAAUUAUUUCUGACCUCUUGACACUACUUUACCCAUUUUUGUUUGGUUUGUUUUCACGCAAAAAAAAACAGGCCAUCCGUGGCUGGCUCCGUGAUGCGGAGUGCAAGCAUGAAGUCGUUCUGUGCAGAGUUCCAAAUUGUGCUUUACAUGUUACCCAGAUGACCAAUGGUGAACCAAUCAUCCAAACUAUCUUUUUUUUAAGUCUUAUUUUAGUUCACGUCAGUUUAAAAAAAAAAAAAAAACAGGAAAAAAACAAAUGUUGAGAGAGAGAUAAAAUAUGCCGCUGGGAGACUUUGGGGCCCUGGGCUGUUAGAUGCAGCAGGCCCUCUGCCGCUGGCUUUUACUAACUGUGACUUUUCCCUUUGCACUGUGUCGCACGACGCUGUACCGACUGCUCUGCACCCGCACUGCAGCGGCCUCCAUGCUUACUGCACAACACUGGACUGGAGGAGACAGGACUAAACCGGAUCUGGACUGGACUGGACUCUGCAGUGCUGUGCAGUGACCCUUGGGCCCUGCAGGCGGUCAGUGCAGGUUUUGGACCACUUUGUGUGACCAACAGAAACCCCUAUUAUAAACCGAUGGAGCAUGUGCUGAUUAGGGUUUCUUUUUUUCUUUUGUGUGUCUGUUUUUGUUCCUUUUUUUAAAUCACUAAAAUGAUGAAGCACAGAGAGAGAGAGCGAGAGAGAGAGAGAGAGAGAGCGCGAUAGAGAGCGAGCUGUGAGGCCUUGGUGGACCAUUUGCUUCGGCAGCAUUUGUUUCCCCCCCCCCCCCCACAGUUCAUUAAAUGGAAAUGUUAUACCAGACAUUCCAGAUAUGGUGAUAAGCAAUAAAACAACAAACUGGCUGCUCUCUGACUAACACUCCCGUAGUUCUCAUGACAUGUUAUAGGCGUAAAACAACCAUUCCCUCAUGCCAAACUGAAGGAGAACUCACUGUUUUAGGACAUCAGUGUUACUACAGUAUUAUACUAAGACUUCAGUAUUUCUAGUGUAUAGCUUAGCAGAAGAAAGGUUUACGAUGUGUUUACAGUGGCCUCUUGCGAGAACAGUAUUGUGUUGACUUCCUGUCUUCAGAGGGUUCAUAGUGUUGAUGUUUGUCGUUUUUGGUCAUUGGACAUGUCCACCCCCCACCCCCUGUGUUGCACCUUCCUCCGUAGGCCAGGCUGUGGCCAAAGCACUUCCAAUGAGCUCAACCAACGGCGCAUACAGUAACGCUGAAUGUUUCAGGGCUAGGACAACAACCAAACGCUAACACAGGUCGGCAACUCAGUGGUUUACGUGAUGUGAUGUGCAGAAAGAUCAUGUCAUGACAACAAAAACCACACACACACACACGCUGAUCAUAGAGCUAAAUGCAACUUGACUUGGAAUCUUUUAUAUAAAUAUAUAUAUACAGUGCAGUUACUUUAUAUACAGCAUUCACUCUCUGAUGAUAGUUUUGUAUUGGUUGAUUUUGGUUUGUCUGUUUUUGUCACUCCUCAGUGCUUUUUUUCAACUAUACUUAACCGAGUAUUACUGUCAUAUAGCUCAAUGUUAGAAGCUGUUACACUGAAGGUUUUAUUGUCUUGAAAGAUUUCUUUUUACACUGUUCUGUUGUUAUAAGGUAGUGGCAAUAAUGAUCAUGGGAUUGAUUACAAGGACCUCAUCUUCUUUUUAAUCAUGUUACAAAAUUGAAGAAAAAAUGAUCUGUGUACCAUUUUUUUAAUUAGUCAAUAAAUGACAUGUCACCGAAAAAAAUGCCGCAUUAAAAAAUAAAGAAAAAAUGUAGCCGUG